UGGCUCUCGUCCAGAUCAUGCACAAGUAUGUACGUUCCGAAUAGACAAUUUGGUGGCGGCAAUCCGGAAAGUCAUAGACGCCGUGAUCAGAAACAAGCAUCCUUGGUGCUCCGAACCAUGACAACAAUCGCACAGUCUGUUUUUUGUUUUCUUGCCGGAUUCUUCAACUUUUUUCUCCUAUAUUUCCGCAAAACGAGCAGAGCGUACUGCAAAUAUCAAGUUGUCAAGUAUCACAGCAACAUUCCAAUGUCUCCUCUUACAACACAUAGACUAUUGACUGUGAAACGGAAAAUCCUGGUUUUGGAUCUUGACGAAACACUCAUUCAUUCACAUCAUGACGGUGUUCUUCGACAAACAGUCAAACCUGGAACUCCGUCUGAUUUUACGAUACGGGUGGUUAUCGAUCGACAUCCUGUGAAAUUCUCGGUUCACGAACGUCCACAUGUCGACUAUUUUUUGUCAGUUGUCAGUCAAUGGUAUGAAUUGGUGGUUUUCACAGCGAGUAUGGAAGUUUAUGGAACAUCAGUAGCUGAUCGGUUAGAUCGUGGACGAGGAAUUCUCAAGAGGCGUUAUUUCCGUCAACAUUGCACAAUGGAAGUCGGAGGCUAUACGAAGGAUUUGUCUGCAAUUCAUCCCGAUCUUUCAAGCAUCUGUAUUCUUGACAACUCUCCUGGAGCCUAUCGAAAAUUCCCACACAAUGCCAUUCCAAUUCCAUCAUGGUUUUCUGAUCCAAACGACACGUGUCUUCUCAAUCUUCUUCCAUUCCUCGACGCACUUCGAUUUACGUCAGAUGUUCGAAGUGUGCUCUCACGGAACAUGCAAGCUCUUCCUGAAACACAAUCAGUACAGUACUACUAAAUAGGAAACGAGAAAGUGUACUGUAGUAUUCUCCUCAUAUCUCAAUUUGCUUCAAAAAACCCCCGUCUCUUUUUGUCCCAGUCGCCCCCAUCCAACAUCUAUCUAAUUUUAGCUGUCCUCUUCGAGGUGGCAAAACAUUAUCUAAAAGUACUGCAACGGGUUCUACACCUUCUCCGUCUCUUUUCCCCUUGAAAAAUGUGUGCGUUUUUUAUUGAUUUCUGCAAAGUAUUUAUUGAUACCGAAGAUUGUGUGCGUCUAGGCGUCCAGAAUAGAACUUUUAACUCCAUUUCAGCUCAUUUUAUUUUUUAGAAUCAUUAAAUAUCUCUAGAUUCGUAUUUCUUCUCCUGACUCUUUUUCUGCACAUUUUUCUUCCGUUUUCAAUCAUAACAUGCAGUUUUAUUUAUAGAUUCAUAAUUAAAUUGAUAAGUGCUGCAAUCUAACUGUAUUUCUUUUUGUUCCUCUCCACAUCAGUCUUUUUUCGCCAGAUGGCCACGAUCGUUUCUUAUAUUAUAUUACAUAUAUAAAAUAAUUUAUUGAUA